GAUGAGGUCGCCAGCUUAAACCUCGACGAUAUCUUUGAACCAUUGCAAUGCCAGUGACGAAGCAGUUUCCCACCCGUUUAGUCCACACCCUCAAGACGCAUAAUGGGCCCGUAAACGCGGUCACAUUCUCCAGUUAUCCUGGAACCUACGUUCUGACCGGUUCCUCCGACCGUGCUGUGCAUCUCUCUCGCGCAAUUCCCAACAAAACUGGCACGUCUCCUGAAGAAACGACAGCCCCGAUCCAGAAAUACGAAGCCCACGGGUACUCGGUGCACGAUAUCGCCGUCGCAGGAGACAACGCCCGCUUCGCCAGCGUCGGCGGAGAUAGACAGGUUUUCCUCUGGGAUGUCGAACAGGGCGUAACCGUCAAGCGGUGGAGCGGGCAUGGGGCGAGGGUAGAAGCGGUCCAGUUUGCCGGCGAAGGCGACUCGGUGGUUGUUUCCGGCAGUGCGGACACUACAAUUAACCUAUGGGAUACACGAUCCAACUCUACCAAACCAAUCCAAACCCUCACCGAAGCUAGCGACACCGUCUCAUCCAUUCACGUCCACGCCCCUACGUACUCCAUCGCAAGCGGAAGCUACGACGGCCGUGCGCAUAUCUACGAUGUCCGCAUGGGUCGCACAACUGUCGAUGUCCUCGCUCACCCGGUAACGAGCGUGCGGUGCUCGGCGGACGGGAACGCACUCCUGGCCUCGACACUGGAUAGUCGCAUUCGCAUGCUCGAUCGCGCGGAUGGGAAACUUCUCCAGGCGUACGGGGAUGGGGACAACAGUUCCAGGAAGGCUGGGUAUCGAAAUAGCGAGCUGAGAAUCCGGUCCGUGUUCGCCAAAGGUGAUGCGGUGGUGCUUAGUGGGAGUGAGACGGUUAAGGAGGAUAGGACGGCUCAGGCGCAUGUCUUCGCUUGGGAUGUCUUGAGUGGGGAAGUGGUUGCUAGUGUGCCAGCUGGCGAGGGCGUCCGGGUUGUGAGUUGUGUGGCGUGGAAUGAGAAGGGGGGCAAUUGGGCCGGUGGGUGCUCAGAUGGAACUGUGAAAAUCUAUGGCUAGCGAUGAAUAAUUAGCUCCAAGGUCCUACCACGUGCUCUGAUCACGUUGAACGUAUCGCUUCAAUCACCUCCAGCUUACAAUGGAUGGUUAGGCCUACCACCCAAGGAACGACAGCUGCAUGGCGAUCCCCAAAAGGAAACAACGCCUCCCCCGAAACAGGGCGAACAGGUCUAACCGCUCGCACGAUAUCUCCACCUAUCUGUCUUCAGCCGCCUGCCAAGUGCGCUCUUGCAUUGCGUGUUCACCGAUAUCUAUGCGCCAUUCAAGAGCCUCAGCUUGCGCCACCACGGAGUACUUGGGAA